AUGGGAAGGUCUCUAAUUUUCUCGGGAACUAUGUCAAUGAGAAUCUCUCACUUGCCCAGAAGAUCAUCUCUCCCUCUCACAACCCCGUUUACACGCCGGACACUAGACAGAAAUUUCCGACAUGGGUUGUGUUCAACGAUUUCGACUAACAGCUGCAAGUCCACGACCAGACUCGGAACGAAAGCUGUUGUUUCUGAUCAGAAGAAUUAUCCCAGAAUCGGAGCUAAAACCACCGGACCUAUAUCCCCGUCUCACCUCCUUCAAGUCGUCGAAGCCGCCGCUAAAACCGGAGCUGAGGUGGUAAUGGAAGCUGUUAAUAAGCCAAGGAAUAUCACUUAUAAAGGUCUCAGUGACUUGGUUACUGAUACUGAUAAAGCAAGUGAGGCUGCUAUUUUGGAAGUGGUGAAAAAGAAUUUCAGUGAUCAUCUUAUUCUUGGUGAGGAAGGAGGUAUCAUCGGCGACACGUCUUCUGAUUACCUCUGGUGCAUCGAUCCUCUAGAUGGAACAACCAAUUUUGCUCAUGGAUAUCCAAGUUUUGCUGUCUCUGUUGGUAUUCUCUAUCGAGGAAAUCCUGCUGCUGCUGCUGUGGUAGAGUUUGUUGGUGGUCCAAUGUGCUGGAACACCCGAACUUUUUCUGCUACUGCAGGUGGUGGAGCUUUGUGUAACGGGCAGAAAAUUCAUGUCAGUAACACUGAUGCUGUGGAGAGAGCACUUCUUAUCACAGGGUUUGGAUAUGAACAUGAUGAUGCAUGGAGUACUAACAUGGAGUUGUUCAAAGAGUUCACUGAUGUGAGCCGAGGAGUACGAAGGCUCGGUGCUGCAGCAGUUGACAUGUGUCACGUGGCUCUCGGGAUUGCCGAAUCGUACUGGGAGUACCGUUUAAAGCCAUGGGACAUGGCUGCUGGUGUCCUUAUAGUUGAGGAAGCUGGAGGAGCUGUGACUCGAAUGGACGGAGGGAAGUUUAACGUGUUCGAUAGGUCUGUUUUGGUGUCCAACGGCGUUCUUCAUUCCAAGCUUCUGGAUAGAAUCGCACCAGCUACUGAGAAUUUGAAAACGAAAGGAAUCGAUUUCUCCUUAUGGUUUAAGCCAGAAGAAUAUCAUACAGAACUUUAA